CAUCAUCCUUCUUCGCGAGUCACCGUCGCAAAUCUUUUUGUUUCUUGAUUCGUUCGUUCUGGCGCGUCUGGGAGUCUUCUAUCUCGUUGCCUAAAGGUACCUCCCUUUUGGCUUGCGCCACAAUGUCCCUCUUCGUCUGGUGGACUCGUCGCUCCGGCGGCAUGGCCAUGGUCUCUCUACUCUCGUUAUCCAGCUAUGUUGUCUUCAAAACUUGGGUAGCAUCGCGAAAUCUCAACUACGCCAUUGAGGGUGACGGUGGUUUCUGGACCCUCGUCUUCGCCUACUACUGCUUACUCAUACACCUCCUCGUCUUCAGUUUCCCCUUGCGCGUCAUCUGGGCCCUGAGGGACCUAACCCGAGGCCUGAAAGAGGUGGCCCGCAACAAGACGCUGAAAGAUCCCCAAGACUCCAACUCUGGGCACGGGCCGUCCCCAUCACUCUCCAGCUGCAAGAACUGGGUUUCGUCCUGGUGCCUCCCCACGCGAAGUGGCCACGGCGGGCUGCACACUGAGCUCUAUGCCGAUGAUAAUGUCACUCCUGGCCACAUUCUUCACGCCAUCAUCAUUCCCAACUACAAGGAGGAUAUUGACAUGCUCAGAGAGACGCUGGAAGUGUUGGCGUCACAUCCACGGGCCCAAACCAAUUACGAUGUCUACCUCGCAAUGGAACAACGCGAACCAAACGUCGCAUUCAAAGCGAUGAGUCUGAUUUCAGAGUUCGUGACAAAGUUCCAUUUCAUCGUGUUCACGCUCCACCCCUCGGGUAUUCCCGGUGAAGCUGCCGGUAAGGGCAGCAACGUUGCUUGGGCUGCAAGAAAACUAAGCGAAAGGUACCCUACGGAGAGCCGCAAGGAUGUGCUCGUCACCGGGAUUGACGCCGACAGUCACUUGUCCUCAGACUAUUUCGCCUUGGUUACCAGCAUGCACUUGGCCCAUCCCGAGACAUCCUCGACUACCCUUUACUCAGCCCCCAUUAUAUUCGACAGAAAUGCCCACAGCGUCCCAGCUAUUGUUCGCGUUGCCGAUAUUCUCUGGUGCGCCGGUGGUAUUUCGGGUUUGUACGGCGGUUCAACCAUCUCACCACCGACCUCGGUUUAUAGUCUUUCACUUGAAUUGGUUGAUCGAGUUGGGGGCUGGGACUGUGAUAUGGAAGCUGUGGGCGAGGACCUGCACAUGUACCUGAAGUGCUUCUUUGCGCUCAAUGGUAAUUUGACAACGAGGACCAUCCUGAGUCCCGUGAGCCAGAGCAACGUUACCGCUGGAGGUGGCAUCAUCCCGGAUAUGCUUGCUCGGUAUAAACAAGCCCAGCGCCACAUGUGGGGUGCUUUGGAUUCUGGAUUCGCGUGGAGGGAGCUGUUGGAGCUGUGGCAAGAAAGGAAAAGUCUAGCAAGAGCAUUCAGGCCUCUACACGCGUCUCUAAACACUAACUCUAGAGACUCCUAUGUCCCGCAACAGCCUGACAACUUGAACCACGAACAGCUUGUGGAGGGUGGAAUAUUUUCCGAUAUUGUCUAUGACACCAUCGAAGAGCCCAACUACGCGCGCGUAUUCUACCUCUUCCAUCGCCUGUUCGAGGCCCACUUCCUGCCGGUCCACGCCACAAUCCUCAUUCUCUUCUCAGCCGUGUACAUGUGGGUCACCGCCGGCAAGGCGGACAUCCACGGGGUGAACUGGAUCUUUGAGGUGUGCAACUAUCUUCGCAACGUGGGCUUCCUCGAGGUCGUCGUGCUCCUCUUUUUCUAUGAGACCUUUCAUAAGAUCUGUCUCGAGACGCUCCAGAAAGAGAUGACGGAUGCGGGCCUAGCCAAGGACAUGAAUUUCUCACCCAGGAGCUGGAGGAGGAAUUUCAUCGAUUACUUCAUGGUGCCCCUUGUGGCACCGAUAUACGGUUCCAUACCGUGCGCGCAGGCGCAGAUUUGCCAUUUUUGGACCGUUGAUCUGGUGUAUACGGUCAGCCAGAAGGCUACGAGGCAACGUUCCAUAUCGGCAACAUUGGCUGGGAAAGUAUGAAGAAGUCUUCAAAAUGUUGCGGAUGUUAAUUCACCAUCCUUUCCUUAGAAAGCGGGUCGGGGCGCAAAACGCCGACUCUUCGAGACCAUCACGAGAGUCCGAAUAUUUCCAGGUUCAAGUGGAUGGCCAAAAUUCCACGAACGCUGGCUAUUCUACUAAUAUAACGAUGACUGUAAUCUAGCAUGGGACAAGCUGAACUCUAAUACAGAAGUCUUAAUAGCCGGGCCGAGAAUAAGAUUUGUUCACGUAUCAGGCGUGUGCGUGGGAAUGUCGGCAUGGGACAGAAGACACAUUGAUUCCAUGACACUAGAUUCGCUACAUAGCCGACUCCCUUAUUAUUGUAUCG